AUGAAAGCUGAAUCCGUAGCUGCACCAUCGAGCAGCUCCGAUGUUAGUUGGUUACGUUUGACCAACAGCGGUGGAUCACUCGCAUGCGAAGUCUACCGCAUGUAUACCAAAGGUGGUCAACCUCCUGCCUCGUGCACCCUAGGUCAAACUGUUGCCGUGAAAUACACCGCAAUAUAUUACCUCACGGGCGGAAACAUCAAAAAGUAA